AUGGGGGCAGCCAUCUCUCAGGGGGCCCUCAUUGCCAUCGUCUGCAACGGCCUUGUAGGCUUCUUGCUGCUGCUGCUCUGGGUCAUUCUCUGCUGGGCUUGCCAUUCCCGCUCUGCGGACAUCGACUCCCUCUCUGAAUCCAGUCCCAACUCCAGCCCUGGCCCGUGUCCUGAGAAGGCACCCCCACCCCAGAAGCCCAGCCAUGAAGGCAGCUACCUGCUGCAGCCCUGA